GUGGUACAAUAACUUGGUGAUGUCCUAUUGGCAUAGUAUCUUUAUGGGCGACGGAGGGGUUUCACAAUGGCCCAGCGACGCUCUUUGCGACCCGAACUGUGCUUGAUCUUAUCAAUUAUGAUUGUCGUCAGUUCAUAGGUUACGUUGUAUCAACAAUGAGUAAGUUAUUAGGCAUACUUGUUCACUAUUGACUGGUAGUAUUUUAAUCAUUGUGGUGCACCUUUCGCUAACGAAGCAACUUCAAUUUCCCGUGUGAUACAGUUCGCACAUACACAUUCUGACAACUUCAGUGGUUCUAGCCUACGUCGUGCUGACAUAGAGCGCUACCCAUUGCACUGUAAAGGCAUCAUGGCAGUAGCUGGAUUCGUCGUGAGCGUGGCACUGGUGGUCAUAUUGGUAUAUGUAGCCUACUUUCUUGUCAGUACGGUAAGCUCGAUUCGGAAGCAGAGAGCAGUGCUUCUGCAAUGGCCAGGCCUCCCCGUCCACUGGCUCUAUGGAAACCUUCAUCAGCACCCGAUGGGAAAUCCGAAAACCCGGACCGAGUCACCGGAGGAAGGCUUCAUAUUCAACUGUAAAAUGACAGAAAAGUUCCCCAGGGGAUUCUACUUACUUUUUGGCCCGACGAGAGGAGAACUUGUGGCAAACCACCCAGGCAUCUUUAGACCUGUGUUGAAAGGACGCGAUCCCAAGCCACUGAUGCAGGGCCAGCCUUCCUACAAUUUCUUGCGGCCCUGGCUGGGUGACGGUCUGCUCCUAGCCAAGGGCGAUACCUGGCUCCGUAAUCGUCGCCUCCUCACCCCGGCUUUCCACUUCGAUGUCCUCAAGCCUUACGUACCGGUCUACAACGAGGCUGUGGAUGUAUUCAUGACAAAGCUAGAGAAGUGUGCUACCGAUGGAGUUAGUUUUGAAGUCACCAAGAACAUCAGCCUCUUAACCCUCGACGUCCUCCUUCGAUGUGCCUUCUCGUACGAAUCAGACUGCCAAAUCAAAGGUGAUAAGCACCCUUAUGUGAAGGCCACGUCCCAGUUAUCGACCAUCAUCGUAGACAGAAUGUUUUCGAUGCUUCUUUACUUCGAUUUGCCGUUCAAGCUGUCUUCAAUGGGACGCAGGUUUAUGAAGAGUUGCGACUUUGUUCAUAAUGUUUCAGAUGAGGUCAUAAAACGGCGUCGGUCACAACUGGAGGUAAAGAAACAAAAUCCUGAUGCUGGGUCUGAACGCAAGUACCUGGACUUCUUGGACAUCUUGCUGUCCGCUAGAGAUGAAGACGGCAAGGGACUGACGGAUCUGGAGGUCCGUAACGAGGUGGACACUUUUCUCUUCGAGGGUCACGACACCACAGCCAGCGGCCUGACCUGGAUGCUGUAUGCCAUGGCAACCAAUCCUGAUCAUCAGAGGAAAGUCCAGGAGGAAAUUGAUGAGGUGAUGGCGGGCAGAGAGUCGGAGGAAGUCCUGUGGGAGGAUCUUGGUAAGUUCAAGUACCUGGUGCAGUGUCUCAAGGAGACGAUGAGAAUGUACCCUCCGGUGCCGUUCAUUAUGAGGGUUCUUGAGAGGGAUGUUGAAAUUGACGGCAAGGUCCUCCCGGCUGGAACGACCGUAGAUUUGGGCAUCUACUGCCUUCACCAUAACCCUCUCAUCUGGCCUGAUCAUAUGACAUUCGAUCCUGACCGAUUCUCCUCUGAGAAUAUCCAGAAAAUGGACCCCUUCUCUUAUCUACCAUUCGCAGCAGGUCCAAGGAAUUGUAUCGGGCAGAAUUUUGCCAUGAACGAGGAGAAGGUGAUCCUGGUUCGUCUGUUGAGGAGGUUCCACCUGGAGUUGGACCCCAACCACCCGGUCAAGUUCUCUGGAGAAUUGAUCCUGAAAGCUCAGAAUGAUGUCAAGAUCUUUCUGAAACCGCGCGUGUGAUUUCAUUUCAUCCAAAGGCCUUUGAAUAACACUGAUUAUACGGUGUUUAUAAUACGUCGGGGAAGCGCAAAAUCCAAUCAUUAUAAAAAGACCAAAAUGUUGUUCAGGAAUUAAUAGUCCGAAAAUUCUAUUUGCAGGAUUUUAAAGAAUUGUAAAGUAUCAUACUAAGACACUGUUGAUAACAAAUGUGUACAUUGUCCACAUUGUUUAAAAAUUAAUAUUGCAUUGAAGUGAUAACUGCAAGUGCGUUUCAAAUGUGGUACCUGCAAUAUUUUGCAAAUGUAUCUGUACUUUUGAAGCCUAACACAAUCAACAUAAAUCGGAGAUGAAGGAUUCAAAUGA